AUGGUCAACUCUUGUUGUGGCUCUGUCUGCUCUGAGGAGAGCUGUGGCCAAGGCUGCUGCCAGCCCAGCUGCUGCCAGACCACCUGCUGUAGGACCACCUGCUGCUGCCCCAGCUGCUGUGUGUCCAGCUGCUGCAGACCCCAGUGCUGCCAGUCUCUCUGCUGCAGGCCCACCUGCUGCCGCCCCAGCUGCUGCAUUUCCAGCUGCUGCAGGCCCACCUGCUGCCGCCCCAGCUGCUGUAUUUCCAGCUGCUGCAGGCCUUCUUGCUGCCGCCCCAGCUGCUGCAUUUCCAGCUGCUGCAGGCCUUCCUGCUGCCGCCCCACCUGUUGCAUCACCAGCUGCUGCAGGCCUUCCUGCUGCCGCCCCAGCUGCUGUGUGUCCAGCUGCUGCAGACCCCACUGCUGUCAGACUACCUGCUGUAGGACCACCUGCUGCCGCCCCAGCUGCUGUGUGUCCAGCUGCUGCCGCCCCAGCUGCUGUGUGUCCAGCUGCUGCAGACCUCAGUGCUGCCAGUCUGUGUGCUGCCAGCCCACCUGCUGCCGCCCCAGCUGCUGCCGCCCCAGCUGCUGCCGCCCCAGCUGCUGUGUGUCCAGCUGCUGCAGACCUAGCUGCUGCCAGUCUGUGUGCUGCCAGCCCACCUGCUGUCGCCCCAGCUGCUGCCGCCCCAGCUGCUGCAUCUCCAGCUGCUGUCAACCCUCCUGUGGUAGCUCCAGCUGUUGUGGUUCCAGCUGCUGCCGCCCCUGUUGCCGCCCCUGUUGCCGCCCCUGCUGCUGUCUGAGACCAGUCUGUGGUCAGGUCUGCUGCCAAACCACUUGCUACCGCCCCACCUGUGUCAUCUCCACCUGCCCCCGCCCCAUGUGCUGUGCCACCCCCUGCUGCUGA